AAUAAAUAAAAAAUGUCAACAAAUGAAACGAAAAAAGUUUUAUUGGCCUCUACUGAUUUGUUCAACGCGAAAAAAUCGGAUAAAUCAGCAGAAAACUUUAAAAUAUAACAAAAUCGAUUUGCAAUACAAGCAAAACUGUUAGAUUUUUUAGCGAACACUGGGUGAGCAUUUAAAUUAGUUGGCAGCCCUGGUCUGUGGCUACAUUUUCGCGCCAAGCAUGUGUCAUAGUUUACUUUGCGCCUUAAAGUAGGCACUGAUUAUCAAGCAGCCAUGCCAGCAAUCAUGCCAGCAGUACUAUGCUGGUCGCCUGGUAUUUUUCAUGAAUAUCGAGUUUGCGCAACAAAUUUUUUUCCCCGAUCGGGAUCAUCGAUAUCGUUCGAUAAUAGACACAUCGAUGGAUAUACUUACUAUAUUACUAUUAAAAAAGGAAACUGAAAAUUAGAAAAUGGCAAAUGUUUAGCGAUAUUUCAGUGCUAUACGCGUAAAUAUAUUACAAUAUUAACGCUACAUUUCGUUCGAGAGGCACUUUUGCAUGGAAAACCAAUAUUAUGGAUUUUGGCUUGAAGGGAACUUCAUAUAAUUUGGCAUAGUAAAAGUCGUGAGUAAUUAUUUUUAGUUUGUAUGCAUUUAUUUUUUUUUUUAAGUUUAUUUACACGCAUUAAAUAUUUUACAAAUUUUGCUAUUUUCUUGUUAAUAACAAAGCAUGUGUUAGGAACUUAAAUGCAAGCCAACAUCAUCCUCAAGCAUAAUAAAGAACACCCUCUACACCAUUCAACAUUAAACAUUACAUUUCCUUUAAUAAUGAUCAAAUUUUCACCUUUCUCUUCCGCACAGCAGCUUCCCACCCACCAAUACCAACUAAGUCGGCUUUCGAGCCGCCACCACCGCAUGUUAAAGGCAUACUCAAAUCGAAAUCCGGCUGUGUUGGCUUCAUGCCCAUGGACUUGAGUUCCGAGCUAAAGAAUCGACUGAAUAGCUCAACACAUGCCUCUGUAUCAAAUCUACGCAAAUCGGCAACAAUGCAUGAUGCCACGCGCACAAAACAAAGUGGCGAGGAGCACACUGCCGCGCCAAAACACGACGAUGCACUCAGCCUGGUGCGUAACCUCUCGAAUUUAGGGCGUCCACCAACGCUUGGUGCAGGAGGCGGCGGCAGCAGUGGCAGUGGUGAUGGCGGCGGUGCUGCGGGCUUGAGAGCUGCUGCUGAUACGAUCGCGUCAACGUCGGAAGGUGAAAGUUCGGGCGGUCGUGAAAUAUCGGAAAUAAUUAAAAAUAGCGCAGUUGCACGUCGACGCAAGCUGAAUGAUGGGUGAGUUGUCGCCGCUGCCUGUGGAUUAUAGCGAAAUUUGCUUGCAUUUUGUAAAUACUCGUACAUACAUAGUACUUGAUAUCGAAAUUGAAACUAACUGCACUGCAUUGCUGAAAUGAUGAUUAUUAACUCGUUCCGACUUACAUAUACAUACAUACAUAUUUUUAAUUGAGUUAUUUUAAUCUUAGUUUUAAGUAUAAUAUAUAUGAGUGUAUGUGCAUACUUUUGCUUUCAUACUAAAUGUAUGUAUGUAUGUACACAUUCAGAGUACAUGCAUUUAAGUAAAAAAUACAAUAUUUGUCAAAUUUUUUGCUACAUAUAAAUCUUCUAAUGUAAAUUUCAAUAUAUACGUAUGUAGUAUGUAUUUGUGCGUGUGUGUGUGUGAUUAAAUAAGGCCCUAAUUCAUUUGUGACAUACAUAAGACGAGCUAUUUGGCAUGUGUGUUAAAAAAAAUAAUAAAAUUAAACUUUUGUACGUCUUUCGUUUUCGUUACACACUAUUUUUUAUAUGAACAUUUUACCCUAUAACAAUUAUGACUAACCGCUAGAAAAGUAAAUACAUGCCUUGUAUGUAAUUUCUAAAUAUCUCUCAUUUUGCUGCUAAUUUAAUAAAUACAAAUAUUGCUUAAGAUUAACAUGAAACGUACUAUAAUAAUAAAAGAAAAUGUUUUAAUAUAAAAUCGCAAAAAAUAUUUUUGGCACUAAUUUAGUAAUUACUGAAAUAGGUAUACAUAUUUACAUAUUUACGAAUUCAUACAUAUUUGGAUGUAUCUAUUUAUAAUUAAAUGCACAUGAAUUAUUGCAAAUUAGCUGCCAGCUGCAGGAAUUGCAAAUUACUAUAUAAAUUUAUUUUUUUUUUUUGCUGAGGUUAUUGAGCCUCUGUUUAAAAUAUGUCACUUGACCUGCUUGAUGCACAAGUUUUCUUCUAAAUAAUUGAAAAUUCUGUAACGCAAAAAUUAGGAAUUUCUAGUCUGCAACAUGAGCUGCACUUCUAAACAAACGCCUACAAGCAGAGAUUUUUCGAUGCGGCGGGUUUUGUUGGUCUAUAUCAUUCUUUUUUUUUGUAUUUAAUAUAUCAUUUUUAAUAAUUUAAGCACUUUUAUGAGACAUUCUGAAAUUCUCGAAUAUGAAGUUUAUCUAAACAAAAUACACCCGCCCAUCCUGUCAAGAACUGAUACACCCACGCUUCUCCAGAUUUUAAUCAAAUUUUAAUUCAUAGCAGAUUUUAGUUUUUUUUUUGUGGUAAUUGACAAAUAAUUGAGCACUUCUUUGGCUUAUCUACAGUCUAACAAAAAUAACAAAAUUAACUAGUUCCACGAACAAAACGAUCAUAAAAAACCAAUUUUGUGCAAUAAAUAGUAUAAAAAUUAAUAUAAAGAACUAUAAUUAAAUAUCUUAAACGCAUACAUUUCAAUACAUAUGUACAUAGGCACAAAGCUACAAACAUAUUUUCUAAACUUAACUAACAACAGCAUUUGUACAUUUUGCCAAUUUUUCA